AUGGAUCGUCGCCCGACCGACGACACUGCUCCACCUCGCUCGGACUUUCGAGAACUACGCGUCAACACUGAUGGCACCGACUGGAUUGGGGCACCAUCGCCACGUCGUGUUAUGACCGCACCGAACAGUCCGUCCACCACAUUUCGCACAGAUCGAGAGGCGAUUUUCCGUUCGGGCAAUGCGACAGUGGCCGAGACGCACUUGAUACGAUCAACUGGAUCACAGUCAAACUCGUUUACUGAAGAGCACUGGAGUAGUGAAAUCACCAGUUUCGUCACUGCUGCUCCACCGAAAUUAUCCAGGGUGAUCAAAGCGUAUCGGAUCUUGUCGACCGACACUCCUACGUUGGUCGUCGAGGUGGCCUCUGAUCCACCAGCAAUAUUUGAAUGGUUCUGCAAUGACAAAUCGGUGCAACAGGAUCGCCGACGCUUUCAAGCCCGUCAUGGUCUGAACAUUACCACGUUAACCGUGCAUCAACCCGAGCAGGGCGUCUACAAGUGCACCGCACGGAAUCCGGCUGGAACUAGCACUAGCUAUGGAUACAUUACUGUCAAUUUUGAGCAUCAAUAUGAUGAAUGGACGAUUGUGGAUCGAAACAUGGUGACAGAGGAGGGCCAGACUACUGUCACCGUGCAUCGAUCACCACGUUUCAUCAAUCAGGUUCCAAAUCUGACUGUCCAGCCGGGUAGUGAGGUGGUUAUCGACGUAGAAGUGGACGCUGAUCCGCCCGCAAGGUUCACGUGGUUUGUGAAUGGACGUGAAUUCCGCGAAUCCACAAAUGGUGUCGAACUGUUCUACCCAAGUACGAAUCGAUGCGUCGUCAAAUUCGCUUUCCCAGUUUCCGGCGAAUACAAAGUGGUCGCAUCGAAUGUGCACGGUUCGGCAAUGAGCAGCGGAUACGUACGAAAAUCACUA